CGAAUCGAGCGCGACGCGACAUCGAACCGUGGAGCGGGAUUAACGGGAGUGAUGAUCCAACGAAUUUUGGGUUAGCAAAAGAUCCGAAAAGUGGCAGAAAGCAGAAGGGAAACUGGAAGAAUGAGCUCCUACAGGACCCUGGUGGAACAUGGAGCGCCGCCGUCUCUCCUCGCUGGUGGCAGCGACAUCUCGCUGGCCUCUACUUCGUCCCCCAAGACCCUCCAUCGCAUGAUCAAGUACUGGCGCAACAGUUCUGGCAAGAUGCCAGGACUCCGGAAGAGCGAGAGCUUUGCGGAUUACAGGCGACACUCCUCCAACUCCGGCCUGGGAGUAGGCGGGGUGGGAGGAGGAGGAGCCACUGGAGCGGGAGGAAGAUCGAGCACCCCGAGCACGCGGUACCAGCGACUGGAAAGCUGCGACAAUGUUUGCCUGCUGGCAACACCAACCACAAGGCGUCAGCAUGCCUUCAUGGCCAACACACAGAAGCAGCCGCCAUCUGCAGGCGGAGGAGGAGGAGGCAGUGGCGGUGGCAGCGUCACCCACAGUCCGGAACGUUUGCGCGGUGCCACACAGGAUCUGUUCGAGCUGCUUGAGCGUGUGCAGUGCUCGCGACUGGAUGACCAGCGAUGCGUUCUGCCCGCAUACUUUUCUCAGAACCACCAUCGCGGCAGUAAUGCCACCAGCGAGGAGCGUGUCCCACAGCCGCAUUCCCCACACGACAGUCACGUGGCACACAACGGCGGUGGCUUGCAGCACUCCGGAUCGCGGGCCACACUCCGGCAUUCGAUGAAUCACUCGAGCACCUCUGUGUCCGGAUCGGCCUGCAGCUCGACCCCCGCCUCGCCGCAGCUCAGUGGAGUGGUGAGCGCCACCGGGGGGCAGCUGCUGUCCAACGGCCACCACUACCAGUCACAGUCGUCGGUGAGCUCCAAUUCGUCGAUAGUCUCGGCCAUUCCCGCCUCGCAGCGACUGCUGGAGGAUGCGCUGGCCAAGGCCGCGCCCUAUCCGAUGAUCCUGCUGCCGCUGCAUGGCGGCUACUGGAUGGACGGCACCGAGCACGAGUGCAGCUACGACGCGCGGGGCAAUCCGCUGCUGCCGCAGACCACAUGGAUGGCCAAGUUCGAGACGGACGACACGGCCAAGUGCUACCGGCGCUUCUAUGCGGCGCGCGAGCACUCGAAUCUGGUCGGGCAGGACGAGCAGCUGGGCCCCGUGCUCAUCUCCAUCAAGACGGAGAAUGUGGCCAACCAGGAGCACAUGCGGAUACUGCUGCGCCUACGCACUGGCACGAUGCACGAGCUCAUUCCGGUGUCCUGCUUGGGCGCCCAGCCGAGUCCCGCGAAGAUGGUGAGGCUUCUGAACGAGCAGAUCCAGGUGGACAACUUCAUGCCGGUGCUGUGCCCCAAGGCCUCGAAUCUGAUCAGCGUCUACGACGAGCACGUUCUCGUCUCGCACUUCAAGUUCGGGGUGUUGUACCAAAGAUACGGCCAGACGACCGAGGAGGAGCUCUUCGGCAAUCAGCAGACGUCGCCGGCCUUCGAUGAGUUCUUGGACGUCCUCGGACAGCGCAUCCGCUUGAAGGACCACAAGGGCUAUCGCGGCGGCUUGGACAUCCAGAAUGGACACACCGGCGACACGGCCGUCUACGAGGUGUUCAAGGAGCGCGAGGUCAUGUUCCAUGUUUCCACGCUGCUGCCCCACACGGAGGGCGAUCCGCAGCAGCUGCAGCGGAAGCGGCACAUCGGCAACGACAUUGUGGCCAUUGUUUUCCAGGAGACGAACACGCCCUUCUCCCCGGACAUGAUUGCCAGUCACUUUCUGCACGCCUUCAUUGUGGUGCAGCCCCUGGAGCCGAACACCCCACACACCCGCUACAAGGUCAGCGUCACGGCCCGGGAUGAUGUGCCCUUCUUUGGGCCCACACUGCCCAAUCCGGCCGUCUUCCGCAAGGGCCAGGAGUUCAAGGAGUUCAUCCUCACGAAGCUGAUCAAUGCGGAAAACGCCUGCUACAAGGCCGAGAAGUUUGCAAAGCUGGAGCUCCGUACGAGGACCUCCCUGCUCCAGAAUCUCGUCGAGGAGUUGCGCGAGAAGACACGGGACUUCCUAGGCGCAGAUCUCUUGCAGACCACGGCGGGCAGUCCCACUCCCGAGACACCCAAAGCCGAGAGCGGCAGUGGGGGCGGCAAUGCGGGCACCCGCUUCAUAGACACCGUCAAGAAGGCUCUCAUCAUGCGAGUGCGCUCCCAGAGCGUGGACACGGGCAACGGGCAGGACAAGUUCAGCGUGAACACAAAGCUGGGCACUCUGAAUGCCAAGAAGGAGGCACAGCCAGAGAUGCAGACACCCAACUUGAAUGCCUGCAGUCGCACCGCCUCGAAAUCUUCCUCGAAAUCGAAGUCGUCGAACGAAUCCACCUCCUCGUCGCCGGACAUUACCUCGCGACAGGCCACGAACAACAACAAUGGCAGCUCCAAUGGUGGCGGACUGCACCCUCAGAAUGGCACAGGAGUGGGUGGAGUGGCAGCUGCAGCCGUGAGUGCCGCACAGAACGGUGGCGUGGCAGUGGCCACAAUGUCGGAGACGAGCGAUGAUUCGAGCUUGAACAGCGUCGAUCUGGAUCCGAUGAUGGGCCAUCUGGAUGGCGGUGCCACCUACAUUGACAGUGACACGGGGCUGGAGAGCAUGAGCUCCGCGGAGGCCACCACCAAGGCCUGUUCGCUGUGCCUCGACGGGGUGCAGGCCACCAUGAUGGGCAGCUCGCCGAGCAACGAGACGAUCGUGAAGAUUGAGAAUCUGCGGCAGGAGGUGACGCGACUCAAGUGCGAUAAAUUGGAUCUGCUGCGUCAGAAUGUGACUUGUCAGCGCGACAUUAAGCGACUCCGGGAGAGGGAACUCUCGCUGCAGGGCGAUCUGGCGGCUGCUGGACGGGAGAUCCUGCGGCUGCGUGAUUUGGUCAAGGAAUACAUGCCGGACACAGCCGCCGCACCGCUCUCCAUAUCGCCCAUCUAAUGCGUUAAACGUGACAGAGGGAUCAGACAGCGAUACAGAUACAGAGAGAGAGAGAAUGAGAGAGAGUGAAAGGGAAAGUGAAAGGAAUAGAGAAAGGAGUAACCACUGUGCCGUGUAUAACACUUUGGAAAUAAAGGAGAAGGCAGGAGUCGUUUCGAAGGAGUCGUUAAAUACAUUGUAGACGUAGCACCCCCACGUAGAACGAAUGAAAAGAUAAACUGUAUUAUAUUUAGUUUAGAUCGGAAGGAUAGGAAGGAUCGCUGCAGGACAAGCAUGGACAAGAGUUAUUCAAAUCGUUAGAAUAUAUAAUAUUAUAUAUGUAUAGCAGUUACAAACUAAACUAAAAACCAGAAAGAACGAAAAAACGCAGAACACAAAACUCAAAAAGUACACCAAAUAUAUAAUAUAAGUCUUUAAGCAUAUUUAACGCAUGGAUUAACAAAACAACAACAAAAACCAAACUCUAAAAAUACCCCACCCCUUCCAAAAAAGUAGAAAGCGAUCAAUCACAAAGCAUCACAACGAUAAAUCGAUAUCGAUAGCCACCACAUGAUAAUCACACACACUCACACACAAACACGUAGCAAUGUUUUGAGGUUUACAAAACCGUUACGCGUUCGUUCGUUAGUCGCACUCGAAUACCGGAAUCACAGCUCGCUGUGACUCUGUGACUGUUACUGUGACUCUCGUUAUCACACAUUCACACGUAGCACCCCACAAUAUCCCAUAUCCUCGUACGAAUAUAUCGAAAAGAAGAGAAACACGAUCGAUAUGAUUUUUAGCGCUCGAUGCUCGAUAAUUUUAAACUGCAAUCGAUAAACAAAGAUAAACAAAACACACAGAAAACCGAACACUCUUAACCAUAAGUUUAAUUUGCUUUAAAUACUUUUACCUUAAACUAUGUUUAAUUAUUUAAGUUUAAUCGAAAGCCCCCCACAUCGAUGACUGAUCGAUGACUCAAGAGAAUAUUCUUCUGCAUUCAAAUGUACAUAUACUUUAUAGAGAGGAGGAGCGUAUAGUUCUAUCGAAAUUAACUAUGACUAUUUUAUUUUCUAAUCGAUUAACGAUACUACCGAUACCAA